CUCGCCCACAUCAAACUCGCCUUCGGGUUAUUGAUUCACCCACGACGGCCCUCUUGCUGAGAUACACGGCACUUACUCGCCCUGUUAUCGAGUCAUUAGAAGUUUGAAGCUUUUACCACUUUAUACAAUCUUCACUAGCCAUGGCGCCCGAACGGUGGGAUGAUGAGGAGGACAGUGGCUCCCCUCCUCCUGUGGCUCCCCGUCGCAGGUUUGACGAUGAAGAAGAAGAGGAGGUUCUCGACUCCUGGGACGCCGCCGAAGACUCCGAAGUAGAGCGGGAAAAGGCAGCCAAGGCGGCCGAAGCCAAGGCUAAGGCCGACGCCGAAGCUGCCGCAAAUAAGAAGAGCAAGUCGCAGCGUAUACAGGAGCACAAGGAGGAGCGCAAGAAGAAGGCCGAGGAGGAAGAUUCCGAGAGCGAGGAGGACGAUGCCGACAAGAGAGCCCGUCUGCGCCGCGCCCAGAAGGAUUCCGAUCUCAAGCACGCUGAGGAUCUGUUCGGUGAUAUCGACCUCAACCGGAACCGCGGAGCUCCCAAGGCUAUCGUUAUAAGUGACUCGGCCGACCCGACGCAGGCCGUCGAUCUCUCUGCCAUGCCUCUGUUCAAGCCUACCACUAAGGACCAGUUCGCUCGUUUGACUUCCACCCUUAUCCCGCUCUUGACUCCCCAUUCAAAGAAGCCUCACUAUUCCCUGUGGGCGCAGGAGUUCGCUAAGCAGCUUGUCAAGGAGCUGAACAGCGCAGAUGUCAAGAAAAUCGCUAGUGCUAUGACUACUAUGAGUAACGAAAAGAUGAGAGAGGAGCGCGCCGCAGACAAGGGUAACAAGAAGAGUAAGGCGGCCAAGACGAAGGUGUCGCUGGUUACUUCCAGAGAUAACAAGCUUGAUGCUGAUUAUGACAAUGGUGAUGAUGGAUUGGGUGAUGACGAUUUCAUGUGAUUGAUCAUUCCAUCUCAUUUUACUAUUUUCGUUUCAUCUCAUUUCUUUAUUGCCUCCUUUCGUGCCCUCAUAGUUGCCAGUUCCCUGUCAGUAUGACAUGAUGCCUGCCGACUCUUGUAUAUCCGCCCCUAAACAGUUCCUUCGCGUUGUUUCUGUUCUUUAUGUUCCUUGCCUCCUCUUCUGGUAGUAUAUAUUAAUACGAUAGAGACGUGCGUUACUUGCCCUGCCCUAGAAUGCUAUUUUUCGGUCAAGUUGAGCGACACAAAAGUUGAAGAUGGAUAGAGACUCUUCAGACAGAUAGAACCUG